AUGUCAAAUGGCAUGAGCAGAGAAGAGAGAGAUACUCAAGCUUAUGACCAAUCACCAUCGAAAUGGAAGAGAUUAGAUUAUGUGCUUGCACAAUGCAAUCUGUGCAUCAUGGAACAAGAGAAGUAUGCAGAAGCAGCUCAAGAUGAAUCAUGGCUGAAAGCUAUGCAAGAUGAAUUGUCAAUGAUUGAAAAGAAUGGCACAUGGGUGUUAGUGGAUAAACCAACUGAGAAGCUAGUUAUUGGAGUCGAGUGGGUUUACAAAACUAAACUAAACUUGGAUGGUUCAGUUCAAAAGAAUAAAGCAAGGUUAGUUGCCAAAGGUUAUGCUCAGAAACCUGGAUUGGAUUACAAUGAAACUUAUGCUCCUGUAGCUAGGUUGGACACCAUAAGAACGCUCAUUGCUCUAGCGCUCAGAAAGACUGGAAAUUAUAUAAACUUGAUGUAA